GGGGGGUUGGGGGUCGGCCCCGGGGCUCCACCGAGGCUCCGUUCCCCCUCCUCAGCCCCUUUUUUCCCGGCAGGUGACACUGCGGAGGGACGGACGGGGCCGGGGACACCCCAAGAGAGGCAGCGAUGUCGGAGAGCGUGGCCAAGGCGGCAGGAGAUGGGAGCCCCGCAGUGCUCGGCGAGAUGGGCACCAGCCACGAGCUCCUGCAGCGGCUGCGGGAGCUGGAGGCGGAGAACUCGGCCCUGGCCCAGGCCAAUGAGAACCAGCGGGAGACGUACGAGCGCUGCCUGGAUGAGGUCGCCAACCACGUGGUGCAGGCGCUGCUCAACCAGAAGGACCUGCGCGAGGAGUGCAUCAAGCUGAAGAAACGGGUCUUUGACCUGGAACCUUGUGCUAUUGCCUUUUCCAAGCCUGUGGUGUCCCCAAACCCGUGUGACAGUGCCUGCUCCCCGCAGGUGCCCCCAUCAGUGCCGUCGGGCAGCCCUGGGCUCAGCCCCGGUGGCCCCCCCCUGGAUGCUCUCUCCCCCUUCUUCAAGAAAAAAGCCCAGAUCCUGGAGGUGCUGCGCAAGCUGGAGGAGACGGACCCGCUGCUGGGACCCCUCCCGGCCUCCCCGGGCUCCCCGGAGCCCUGCACCGCCCCGGGCUGGCCCCCCUGCCCGCUGCGGGGGUCAGGGGCUGCCGGGGGGUGCCGGGGGGCCGAGGGCAGCCCCUGCUCCUCGCCAGAGGAGGCCGCGGCGCCGCGGGGGGCCCUGCUCAGCGCCUUGGCCGAGCGGCUGCUGCGAGGUGAGGGGGGGUGCUGCCGGCGCAACGGCGAAGCCCCCGGCGGGCCCCCCCGGCAGCGGCACGGCGAGCACCCUGCUUUCCUGGGGCUCUACCCCCUGGGCGAGGAGAGCCUCGAGGGGGGAUUCGCUCCGGUCUCACCCGGGGGGGGCACCAACCCCCUGCCCUCGCCCCCCAAGGUGCUCAAGCUGCCCCCCCCCCCAGGGGGGCUGCACCUCAGCCCCCAGCUCACCCGUGCCUCCAAGAUCCCCUGCCGCGGCGGCAACCCUGAGGCCUCGCCGGCGCUCAGCCGCCACUCCUCUCCUGACGCCCCCCCAGAGCCUGGCUCCCCUGAGCCCCCCGCCUUCCCCACACCGUGCACCUUCGAGGCGGCCGAGCAGCCCCCUGGGCCACUGGGACCCCCCAGCAGUGGCGAGCGGGUGGCCACCUCCCCCCCCAGCACCCGCCGCGGCGCAGGCGGCUCAGCCCCCUCCCGCCGCCCCGGCAAGAAGCCCCCUGAGCCGGGCUACCUGCCCUUCAAGGAGCGCCUGGCUGCCCUGGGCAAGCUGCGGGGGGCUGAGAGCCGUGAGCCCCCCGGCCCAGGGCGGCCCGAGCGAGGUCACGGGGCUGAGCCGCGGCCCCCUCCCCGGGGGUGUUUGGGGGGCAGCCUGAAGCACCCUGAGCCGGCACAUGGCGGGGAGCCCCUGGCCCGGUGCUACUCCUCCGGCUCCAUGGGAGAGCCCGGCAAGGCGGGGGGCAAGGGACGCCCCGCCAGUGGCAGGACCCCCCCACGGGCUCCCUUGGGCCCCCCCGCCAAGGCCGCCCGCAGCCCCCACGGCAGCCCCACCAAGCUGCCCACCAAGGCUGGUGCUGGCAAAGCUGGGACACCGCGGGGCGAGGAGUUGGCUGGCGCCAAGGCAGCAGGGGUCCCCCGCAAAGCCCCACCGGCCACCGAGCCCCCUGGCACGGGGCCGCCGCCGGGGGCUGCCGGGCACUCGGCCAUCGAGGAGAAGGUGAUGAAGGGCAUCGAGGAGAACGUGCUGCGGCUGCAGGGGCAAGAGCGGGCGCCGGCCGGUGAAGCCAAGGGGAAGGCGGCUGGCGGCUUGGCCAGCUGGUUCGGGCUGCGCCGCAGCAAGUUGCCGGCUCUGAGCCGUCGCGGUGACGGAGGCCGUGGCCGGGAGUGGGCCGGGACGCCGGCUCCCCUGCGGCGGGAGGUCAAGUUGGCUGCCCGCAAGCUGGAAGCCGAGAGCCUCAACAUCUCGAAGCUGAUGGAGAAGGCGGAGGACCUGCGGAAGGCGCUGCGGGAGGAACACGCCUUCCUGCAGGGACUGGCGCUGGAGAAGGGGCGUCCCCGCGGGACCCCCCGCGGCCCCGGCCACCUCCCGGUGAUGUAUCAGGAGGUGACGGCUGAGACCUUCAUGCAGCAGCUGCUCGACAGGGUGGACGGGAAGGACGUGCCCUACGAGAGCCGCCUGGAGCACAAACGGGAGCUGUGUGACCUCCGGCGGCCCUCCCCUGACGCCAAAGACCCCCGGCUCUGCUGCCCACCCCGCAACGGCAUCGUGGGACACCUGCGGGAGCCCCCCGACAAGGUGCCCGACGUUGGGCUCCGGGACGAGCUGCCGUUGGACGAGAGCUUGUCUGAGACCGGGACGUCGCAGCACUUUGCCACCUGCGGGUCACUGACGCGGACGCUGGACAGCGGGAUCGGGACCUUCCCGCCCCCCGACUACGGAGGGGUGCCAGCCAAGAGCACCCCCAAACCCCGGGGCCGCCCUGAGCUGCUGCCCGGCGCCAUGCUGGCACGGCCACCCGCCAUCACCAAAGUGCCGCGCAAGGCCCGGACGCUGGAACGAGAGGUGCCCAGCGCCGAGGAGCUGCUGGUGGCCACCAAACACCGCAGCGCCCCGGCAUGUCGCCCGUUGGCCCCCCCCGGCCCCCGUGCCAGUCCCCAAGUUUUCCCUGCAGACGCGGGGGAUGAUGCCGGGAAACCACGGCGCGUCCAACAGAGCAAGAAUUGGACCUUCCCCAAUGCCAAAGCCUGCGGUGCCACCGACCCCUUCCUCUGCCCCCCCGCGGGGCUGGAGGGGCUGCAUCGUCCAGCACUGGUAAGGUGGGGGACGAGGGACGGGGGGGGGGGGGGGUGGGGAACAUAA